CCGCCAUGUCCGGCCGCGCUGCUUGGGAGGACGCUUGGGAGCGUGCUCUCCCUCGCAUAUCCUCGCUCAGAACCUCUAUUGCUAUAAAUCCUAUUGUCUCCCGUGUAACAAGGGUCGGCAAGCUUGACUCCGAGCUUUUGGACCAAGAGCUGGUCCAAUUACUCGAAGAACCGCUGAAGAAAGCGCUCGCGUUGCUCAAUAACAAUCUCAGAGCACAGUUCCAGCCUGAGCUGACGCUGCUGAUCCAGCUCACGCUGUAUAAGCUGUCAAUCUGGAAUCAAGGCGCUAGCUAUGGUGCCCGCCUUCAAGACCUACGAUAUACCGCUCCAAAAAAUACUGCUCGACAAGCACGAGCUCCGUCCGGUCUUCCCAGGCGCUUAUUGUUGUUGCACGGCGCUGCCACGUUGCUCAUACCCUACUUGCACGGAAAAUUGCGGACUUAUGCGCUAUCGAAAGCAUGGCCAGAUGCGCCGUCGUCAGACCGGAGGAGAAAGUUGUGGGAGUUGUUGACCUCUUUGGAGUCCUCCUACGCCGCCUUCAGCUUGGCCAAUUUUGUGGCGUUUUUGUGGAAUGGACGAUAUCGCACCAUUGCUGAUAGACUAUGCAAGCUGGAGCUGACGCCCUCGUCGCGCGCCAGCCAGCGGAAUGUCAGCUACGAAUUCAUGAACCGCCAGAUGGUGUGGCAUGCGUUCACUGAAUUUCUUCUUUUCUUCCUCCCCUUGAUCAACGCUCGCGCGGUCCGGAGACGACUCUCAAGCGCCAUGACCACUGUGACCGACGCCUUCACCAUAACCUCGCGCUCCGGGCCCACCAAACGCCAUCGACGCGGGAAGUACUGGUCUCUCCCCGAAGACCAGUGCGCCAUCUGCGCCGAGAACGCGGCCUACAACUUCAAUCUUGCCGACUCGAGCAACGCGCUGACUUCCCUUGCCGGUGCAAGUGCCAGUACGUCCAUGCCGGAGUCCAGCUCAGAGCCGCCACAAUUCCCUAUCAACGUGCCCUACGCCGCGUCCUGCGGGGACGUGUACUGCUACCACUGCCUCGCUGAGCGCCUGAUGCGCGUCACCGACGAGGGCGGCGCGGCGCAGGGCUGGGAGUGCCUCCGCUGCGGCCAGGGCGUGCACACUGGGGAGCGAUGGGUAGCACCGAUCGAGUACGUGUCGAGCGGGGACUCUAUGAGCGAGUACGACUUCACGUCGGACAUGGAGGCCACGGAUUUGUCGGGGUCGCUGGUCAGCGGUAGUUACAGCGAUGAUCUGAGUUCGCCGGAAGGCAACCAGUAGCGGAGUAGCAUUGGACAGCGAUGAUAGCGAACAGGCUAUGGAGAACUAAGUAGAGCAAGAAGAUAUGGUAAGAUGGGAUAUAUGAUGUCGGAGAUCCUCUCAAGAUAUGCAAGCAGG